AUAGCCCACAAGGAAAAUUCCCUCUCUCUCUUAAACCUACCUUCAAAAUCAUCCCCCCCCCCCUCUCUCUAGGGUGAAAAUGGAGAUUGCGAAUCUUCCAAUUGGGUUCAGAUUCAACCCCACCGAUGCAGAGCUUCUGUACUACUUAAAGAAAAAGGUUUUGUCUUUGCCAUUGCCAGCAAAUGUCAUUCCUGAAUUGGAAGCUUUCCAAUUCAAUCCAUGGGAUUUGCCUGGUGGGUUGAAUGAGAAUAGGUUUUUCUUCUGCAAAAGGAAGAAGAAUUUGAUGAGCAAAUGCAGCAGUUUCAGCACUGAUUGUGGGUACUGGAAAUCAAGUGGCAAGGAAAAGCAGAUUGUGGCUGGAGAGAGCAAUCAUGUGAUUGGAAUGAUGAAAACAUUUGUUUUUUAUCAGGGUAGGAACAUCAAGACUCAAUGGAUUAUGCAAGAAUUCACUAUUGUGGCCCAUCUCAAGACACCGUUCUUGGAUCAGAGGCUGAUGAUGAAAGUGGGGAGUUGGGUUGUUUGCCGUUUGUACCAAAGGAAGAUGAGAGCAAGAAAUCAUGGGGCAGCAGAGUUGGGACAUUCCUUUGCUCAAACGACGCCGUUUUUGCCGACGUCGCCAUCAUCGUCGUCUUCGAGUGAGAUCACAGACAUGUCUUCUAGUGAUUUAGAUGAGUAGUAUUAGAGGGCCUAAGACCAUCUGCAACGCUGUCUCUUAUCCGUCUCUUACUCGUCUCAUCCCUUAACUAUUCAUGGGUCUCGCUGUACUUUUCACCCAAUCUCUUAACUGAGAGACGGAACCUGCAACCAUUCAUCUCUUA